UCGACCGACCAGUUUUCGCUCCGGCUGCCCGGGCGCCACAAGGACAGCAGCAGGUCUCCUCGCCACGUCUGCCAGCGUAAGUGCCACCAUGACGCCAUGUCGGGCUGCCCUCUGGAAUCAGCAGGAGCAGCAGGUGGCAACUCCAGCACCCUGCCGGGCUUCUGGCUCCGGCAUGAAAGUCCCUGCCCCUGCCGAGUGAUGCCCGCUCCGCCUAUGCGUGGUCAACGGUGGGGACAGCGGCUCUGCUGUUGCGCACGGCCUGCUGGUGUCACGCGAUCCUCCGAGAUGGCGUUGACGACAGCGCCCAUUGUUCCUCUGCUCUCUAAGCCACCGCCCCACUGGCUUCCAUCAAAGGACCUGUGGCCACACAGCCAUUCGGCGAAGCUGCAGAAGCUGCUCAACGCCUGAGAAUCGCACGCAGCAGCACAACUGGCGUCAUUGAGGAGGUAAUGUAUGUGCCCCGACCUGCCGGCGUGCUGCCCUUCGGCGACGCUGCGGUGGCUGCUCGAUGCCGGAGAAUCGCACGCAGCAGCACCGCCGCGAGCAGCGCAGCCUUCGUGAAGUGCAUGGCAUGCUGCAGCUCCUGCGCCUCCAGCGAUCCAGUGUUGCCGAACGAGGUCACGUGGGCUACUCUUUCCCUAGAAAGAGUACGCGCGCGUGGCCAGGAAGCUUAUAUUUACGCUUUUGUUUUCGUGAUUCGUCACUUUUUGUUCUAGUACUUCUUUAAUAUAUCAAUAAAUCUGGUUUUGAUUGUCUA